GCCCUCACGUAGAAGCUGUACCAAGGCGUCGGCGCAGUGGGACCUAGAGCUGGCAAUCAUGGCGGCGCUUAGGGCCGGUUUGCUGGCUGCGAUGACCCGCAGGACCGCCCUAGCAACACUCGCUGGGCGCAGGGCCGGCGCCGGUUUGGUGCUGCAGGGCUGCAGUGUGAGAGCAGCCUCAGACCUUCCGAAGGACCUUUUGCCUGGACCUUAUCCCAAAACAGAGCAAGAGCGAGCAGCUGCAGCUAAGAAAUAUAACAUGCUUCUAGAGGACUAUAAACCGUACCCAGAUGAUGGAAUGGGGUAUGGGGAUUAUCCAAUGCUUCCUGACAAGUCCCAGGAAGAAAAUGACCCCUGGUAUUCAUGGGACUAUCCUGUCAUUAGGAGAAAUUUUGGAGAACCGAUGCAUUGGGACAUUGAUAAGUUCAUCCGGACACGGGUUGACACAUCACCAACCACUGUGCCAUUUAAUACCAUGUGUAAAAUUGUGGUUGGAUUCAUCACGGCUAUGCUCGUCAUGUUCUAUAUUGGAGAAUUAUAUCCAGUUUAUCCAGCUAUUGCUCCCAAGCAAUAUCCUUACAACAACUUGUACUUGGAACGUGGUGGGGAUCCUGCUAAGGAACCUCCUGAAGUAAAGAAUUAUGUGUUCAAAUAGAUAAAAAGCUCUGCAACUGUACUUUAUAAUACAAUAAAGUGGCAGCCUAAACAAAUAUUUAUUAAA